UACAUAUGUCCCAUCUAGUUGCCUGAGCCCUUCCCAGCCUUUUGGCUGUCCUCACAAGCCAUUAAUUACAAUUUCCUGUUUGCUGGACAAGAAUUAGGUCACUGUUGCUCCUUAUUAUCACACACAUAACAGCAAAUAGGUUUAGAAAAUUUAAAACCAGCGAACAGUUCUGUCUUGACUGGACUGGACAGGCCAAUUUCUAAUGUCUGAUAGCAUCAUGGCUAGCUCAAAGAACUAAGGCCUUGCACACAUACAGCCUAAAUGUGGUUGUGAGUUCACCUUUUGCUCUUAAUACGGUUUAAGUACACACACAGUUCGGUUGCAAAAGGCAGCGACAACCGCACUUGUUAAUCCUGUUCAGAACAAGUAGCGAGUUCUGUUAUUAAUUCAGUUUGGUUACUUAAUGCGCAGCAACUGUGUGUGUGUGUGUGUGUGUGUGUGUUACUGGGUUUCUAUAAUUUAGUUGAAUCUGAGGCAUUAAUCCUUUUUUUGGACUUGAAUAAAGCUUUUGACACCAUUGAACACAAUAUUGAAAACUCUGGAGCUUUUUGGAGUUGGUCAUAAUUUUAUGAAUGUAUCAAAAUGUUUUACAAAGAUAUAAAUGGAUCGGUUAUUGCAGUGUUAAACAUCUAAAAGGCUCCCUGUUCACAGAGGAAUUAGGCAAGGAUCUCUGCACACCCCUAAUUCCCAGAUGUCUACCUUCAGAGGUUGUGCCCAAGAAUAGGAAGAGCAAUGCAGUCACUGAGGAGACAAAAACAUGCUUAAAUAUUAUCACCGCACAGCUAUCUUGUACAAUUUGCUUUGCAAUCGAAGCUGUUGUUUCAAUUUGUUACAAGUGAAAACAAGGUAAGGAUAAACAUUUUAUGGGAAUCGAAUUUAAAAAUUGUAUAGUGAGGUGAAGUUUUAGCCAAGGGGAAGGUUAUUAUUAUAAAGAAUUAUUAUUGUAGUUGUUUUUUUUAACAUACUUAAAUAAGUGCUUCACUUUCACAUGAUAUAGUAUAUACUUCUUUAUAAAUCAAGUCUUUAAUGGUUUGGUUUUGUGAAUGAAUACAAAUGCUUUUUCUUUAUUAUUGCUUUUUGUGUCACUGUGUGUUUCAGGUCAUGUCAAAAGAUAACCAAACGUACUUCAGUGAGUUUCUCAUUGUGGGUUUCCCAGGACUUCUACCUAAGUAUUACCCACUGGUGUCAUCGGUUUUUUUUCUAGUCUACCUGGCAACUUUUGUUGGAAACAGUCUCAUUUUGGGUUUAGUAGUUUCAGAGAAAAGUCUACACAAACCUAUGUAUUUCAUCAUUUGCAACCUUGCUCUGUCAGAUCUGCUGUUCAGCACGCUCACUCUGCCAAAAAUAAUCGCCAGGUACUGGUUUAACGCUGGAGCCAUUCCAUUUACAGCUUGUUUUAUGCAGAUGUAUUUAGUGCAUUAUUUGGGAUCCGUAAAUUCGUUUAUCUUAAUGGUAAUGGCUAUAGAUCGGUACGUUGCAAUACGCAAUCCUCUCAGAUACCAAUCAAUAAUGAGCAGCACAACUGUCUUUAAUCUUUGUGCUUUCUCCUGGCUCAUAACCCUGAUAUUCCCCGCUGUCCUAACCAUCCGAGCAUUCCCUUUGUCUUACUGCAGAUCCAAUGCUAUUAUUCAGUGUUAUUGUGACCACAUUGGUAUAACUCAGCUAGCAUGUACAGACAUCACAUCAUAUUCUCUGUUGGCGUUUAUUUUUGCUAUGCUGGUGUUGCUGCUGCCCCUCUCUUUCAUCAUAUUUUCUUACAUACAAAUUGUUAUCUCUGUCCUAAAGAUUGCAAGUCCUCAAGGUCGGUACAAAACAUUUUCUACUUGCAGUGUUCAGUUGAUCAUCAUUGCUUUAUAUUAUGUGCCAAGAUCUUUUGUUUACAUGGCAAACAGGUUUCAAAUUACAAUCAACACUGAUUUCCGCAUCCUUAUGAUAGUGAUGUAUAGUCUCCUACCUCCAAUGAUAAACCCAUUGAUAUACUUCCUAAGGACAAAAGAAAUCAAAACAAGUUUAUUGAAAAAGUUAAGGGUUAAACGAGUGACAAACUUUCACGAAAAUACCAGUUGUCCUGUUUGCAACUAAAAUGCAAAAGUGUAUCUGUGCAUAUAUAAAAGUGAACUUGUUAAUAAGUUAUGCAUUGCAACAAAUCAUAUAUUGAAACCUGGGCCCUGUUUUUAAAUGGAGAGUUAAGCAAGGCCACAAGAUCUAACCUGUUCAAAUUCUCUAGGAAUUAAUCUGCUGUAGAUUAUUUUCUUCAGUCUGGAACAAGUUCAUGAUAUCAAUCUUGAAUAUCUUUCUUCAUAAAACAAGUCUGAACAACAAAAGUGACUCAAUGAGUUACAGUUUGGGUGUUAAGUGUCAUUUAAGGCUGGACAGUAACAAUUUGAUCGCAAUACAAAAUCUAUGUUGAUUUGAAUUGUGUCAACAGCAAAGGGACUGAGAAAGCACUUUUUGAUUAUAGGCUAUACAUCUAUAGUGUUAUUUUUUGUGUGUGUGAUAAUUAGCUGUAGAUGAC